UUCCUCCUGCCUCAUCCUCCCAGACUUCUGGGAUUACAGGUAUGGGCCAUCACACCUGGCUGUGUGAUCCCUUAGGAAUCUAGCUUGUCUCUUUUUCUUUGUCUUGCAUCUUUUCCUCUUUUGAAAGUUUGCUUCCAAAUUCAUUUAUUCCCAAGUACCUUUUCUUUGCUUUUUUACUUUCUUGCCUACAUUUUCCUUCUUGAGAAUCAGACCACCAUCUCGUGAAUUCCUUCACCUCGAACUGCUACUCCUGAGUGCCAAGUGCUGGGCAGCUGCCUGCACCUUAAUGACCAAAUGUCCCUGGCUGCUUAUUGUGUCAUCUAUUACAGAAGACUAGGCACCUCUACUCCCUCACCAAAAAGGCAUACAUACUGGAGAGAUAUCCGAAAUGUAAUAAAGUUUACCGGAUCACUUAUUUUAGGAUGGAUCCCCAAGAGAGCAGAAGUUUCUUUGGAGCCUUCUCUGUAUUCCUCUGGUGUGGCCUGGGUCUGGAUUUUUUUCUCUCACCUGCUUGCCUUAGGGAGGAAAUCCAGAGGUUCUUUAUUUCUAACAUAUGAAAUUCUGGCUCUGAAGAAGUCUUUGACAUUAGAUAAUCAAGUGGUAGAAACAGAAAAAAUGAAGUCAUACAUAUAUGUGCACACAGCUUCUUUAGACAGAAGAGAAAGUCAUGGGAUUGCCUGGCAGGCAAGAAAAGAACUUCACAAAGCAGUAAGAAAAAUAUUGGCAGCAUCAGCCAAGUUAUUGCAGAGUCCAUUUGCUGGUGACACUUUUAGCACGGUUGAUGUAGAAGAUCAUGAAUGUGCCAUGUGGUUGCUUCUGAGGAAGAGCAAGUCAGAAGACAGGACCACACGACUGGAGGCUGUGCAAGAAAUGUCAGAGACCCACCAUUGGCAUGAUUAUCAGUAUAGGACAGUUGCUCAAGCCUGUGAUCCAAGAACUCUUGUUGGUUUGGCACGAAGCAAAGACAGUGAUCUUCGCUUUUUUCUCCCACCACCACCUUUGCCACCUUUAAAAGAAGAUUCUUCCACUGAAGAAGAACUCAGACAGUUGCUGGCUUCUUUGCCUCAAACAGAGCUAGACGAAUGUAUCCAAUAUUUUACUUCCUUGGCUCUUAGUGAAAGCAGUCAGAGUGUGGCUGCUCAGAAGGGUGGCUUAUGGUGUUUUGGAGGAAAUGGACUUCCUUAUGCUGAAAGUUUUGGAGAAGUUCCUUCAGCUACAGUGGAAAUGUUUUGUUUAGAAGCUAUAGUAAAACAUUCUGAGAUAUCCACACAUUGUGAUAACAUCGAAGCAUAUGGAGGCUUGCAACUACUUCAGAGGCUGUACCAACUUCACAAGGACUACCCUAAAGUUCAGAGAAAUAUAAUGCGUGUCAUUGGAAAUAUGGCUUUGAACGAACAUCUUCAUUCUGCUAUAGUCCGCUCAGGCUGGGUGUCCAUAAUGGCAGAAGCAUUGAAAUCUCAGCACAUUAUGGAGGCUUCACAUGCUGCCAGAACUCUGGCUAACCUAGACCGGGAAACUGUGCAAGAGAAAUACCAGGACGGUGUGUAUGUGCUCCAUCCCCAGCACCGAACAAGUCAGCCCAUUAAAGCCGAUGUCCUUUUUAUUCAUGGCCUUAUGGGAGCAGCAUUCAAAACAUGGCGCCAGCAGGACACUGAGCAGGUUCUGACUGGAAAGGCUUUGGAGGAUGAGGACAGGUACACCACCUGCUGGCCCAAGACAUGGUUAGCAAGAGACUGCCCUGCUCUUCGAAUUAUAUCUGUGGAGUAUGACACCAGCCUCAGUGACUGGAGAGCAAGGUGCCCUAUGGAAAGAAAGUCCAUUGCAUUCAGAAGCAACGAACUUCUUAGGAAGCUCAGAGCUGCUGGUGUUGGGGAUAGGCCAAUAAUUUGGAUAUCACAUAGCAUGGGAGGUCUUCUUGUCAAAAAGAUGCUGCUGGAAGCCUCUAAGAAGCCAGAAAUGAGUACUGUUAUAAAGAAUACCAGAGGAAUAAUUUUUUACAGCGUUCCUCAUCAUGGAUCACGUUUAGCUGAAUACUCUGUCAAUAUUCGUUACCUUCUCUUUCCCUCUUUGGAAGUCAAAGAACUCAGUAAAGAUUCUCCUGCUCUUAAAGCACUACAGGAUGACUUUCUGGAGUUCGCUAAAGACAAAAGGUUCCAGGUGCUGAAUUUUGUAGAAACCCAGCCAACCUAUAUAGGCAGCAUGAUCAAACUCCACGUGGUACCUGAGGAGUCAGCAGAUUUAGGCAUCGGAGAUCUGAUUUCUGUGGAUGUUAACCAUUUGAACAUUUGUAAGCCAAAGAAAAAGGAUGCUUUUUUGUACCAACGUACUCUGCAGUUCAUCCGUGAAACUUUAGCCAAAGACCUUGAAAACUAACUGCUGUCUUCUUCCAUUUUCCAUGUGAAUACAUGCAAGAAACCUGGCAUGCAAAGUUUGACAGCAGCAUGGUCUGGAGUGGUGCAGACAACAGAAUGCGGCUGUCCAUUCACACACAGGAAAGCACGCACACAGCGUGGUAGUGACAGAAGGAGUGGCUAGAAUGGGAAACUCUGGCUUACAGAAAUCGCACAGUACCAGGCCUGGUGACUGGAGCAAAGCUGCUGGGGCUCGAGAGGCCCUUUUCUCGCCUAGGAGCCCUGUUGGGCAGCUCGGCUAACUGUGAAAGUGCCACGGAGCAGAGAGAAGAGUGAACUAGAACACAGAAGUGAACACAGAAGUUUCUGGUUUUGCUCUGGGUAUCCAUGUACUAUAAAUUUUUAAAAAAACAGUUUAAAUUUUUAGUUUUUAACUUUCAGUUAAAUCUUUGUCUAACACAUUAUCACUGAUGUUAACUGUUGUCAUGCAUGGCGGAGUUCCUUACAUGUUUUUGUUUUCAUGUUGCUGAGAACAAAUUUGUUUUUAAAUUCUAGCUUACAGUAAUUCUUAACAGAUCAUAGCUACUUAUGCUUAUCAUGUGUCCCAGAUAAGGAUACAGUAGUUUAAUCCAUUACUGACCAGAGUAUGAAAUAAAACUAUUACAAGCAGAUGUAUCAUAUCAACAUUUUCAGAUUUUCUUUAGCUGUACCUUUCUUACUCAUUUGGAAGUUGUGUUAAAAAUCAUUUGAUGGGCUUUUUAAAAAAAGAGCACUAAGGUAUAAUUUGAAUAGCUUACAAUUCACCCUUUAAAAAUGUUCAACCCAUUGGUUUUUUAGUACAGUCAGUUGUACAACCAUUACUACCAUUUAGUUUUGGAGUAUUUCAUUAUCCUAAAAAGAAACUCAGCAGUCAUUUCCCAUGCUUCUGUCCCCAGCCCCUGUUAGCACUGGUCUGCUCUCCUUAUCUGUGUAUUUACCUUCUCUGUAUAUUUCAUACAAAUGGAAUCAUACAGUAUUCUUCACAUACUGUUUUCAAGAUUCAUAUAUAAUGUAGCAUGUUCAUCCUUUAUGACCCAAAUUAUCCCAUUUUAUGCUAUAUUUGUUUAUUCACCAGUUGAUGGGCAUCUAGGUUGUCCUUUUUUUGGCUAUCAGGAAGUCGAUGCUGCAGUGAUCAUUUGUGUACAAAGUUAGGCUUUUUUGAAUAGAUGUUUUUACUUAUUUUGGCUGAGUAGAAUUGCUGGUCAAAUGCUAAGUCUGUGCUUAACAUUGUGAAGAUGGUGGACUCUGUAGAGUGGGAGUGUCACAGAUGAAGAUGGAGCCCAGGGCCAGGGAUUUAGCCCAGUGGCACCCACUUGUCUUGCAAGGGCAAAGUCCCGAGUUUAAUCCCCUGUACUGGGGGCAAGUGGCAUGAAGAUGGAGCCCAGCAUUUGAAGGUAAGCAAGGUUACCAACAAACUCUAUCAUAUCAACUUCUAAUUGUUAUAUAGCCACACAAUGAAUGACUUAUCCACUUGUAGUAAAUAUGAAUGUAGCUAACAAUAAUGUGCUAGCUAAUGGGGUGACAUGGGGAGAAGAUGUUUGGUAGGUUUGGUACUUUUUCUUUGUCUGUUUUCCACAAACUGUGGUAGACAAACCACAGUAGAAACGACUAUACGUUAACUUAAUGAAACCCCUGUCCUUAAAAUCCUAAUAUAUAACUAUCAUAGCUGUGUGUUUAACAAAGGCUAUAGAGAGAUCUAUUGCAAAAUUACCGUACUUUUUCAGGGAGCCAUUUAUCAUUUUUUUAUUGUUAAUAAAAUGGAAAAUCUACCUCCAUUUAUCAGGCAAAUGGAUUUUGAUGAAGUUUAUCAAACUAAGUGAAAAUUAACCUAGCAAAACAAAAGUGUAAAAUGAUGACCAGAGAUUCAAUCUAAGAGAAACAUAAUUUUGGAUAACAAAAUAGUGCUGAACAGGAAAAAGGUACUGACAUGGAAACAAAUUGAAAACCGAAUCAGUCAGCACAAUUUCAGAAUUAAUGUGCAAACAACACAUUAAAGACUAGAAAUGGGUGAAAAUUCUGUUACUACAGGGAUACCAUGAUGGAGGCAGAACUAUAAUAGAUGGAGAAGAAAAAUAAAAUGCUCAGAGUAAUUAGAAGAUAAUAGCUGGGUGUGGUAGUGC